AGUGCCCCUGGUAUCCCCUACCAUCGCUCCACGACAAUGAGUAAACGUACUACAACUUUGGCCGAUAUUGGCGACAUGCCCUCUACCUCUGACGGGGCCCGACGUCGUCGUCGUCCGCAUGAUGACAGUCCUGAACCUCGCAAUUUACUUCCCUCUGAUCGCUUUCCAGGUGGCCAAUAUCCUGCUUUUCGUCAUCCGAGGCGUGAAAGCAGGCCUCCAACACGGCUGGACGAUGAAAACGAAGGUAACCAACAGUUCCAUGAUCUUGAUCAACAGCCUGCUCGCCGUCGACCACGGCGCGAACGCCGGGCUCCAGCACGCUUUGAUGAUAUAGACGAGGGUGAUCAACAACUCCGGCGCCCACCAAGGCCUAUCAAAUGUGCCCUCUGUGACGAAUCGUUUCCGCGAGAACGUUUCGAGGCCAACGGCGAAUCAUAUGACACCUGUAUUGAGUGCCGAAGAACCAUCCCUCCUUCACGUAUACCCUUCACAGAUAAUGUUGACGCACCUGCUAUCCCACAACAUGCUAUCAGCUGCAUUAAGACCUUUCAGAGUGAAUGCGAGAAGAUAACGGUGGAUACUUGCAUCACGUGCAACGAGCGAUGGUUUGGUUUGGAUGUCAGUAGGGAGGGGAGGUGUACGCGUUGCAGGUCCUCUUAUUUACGAAGGACAAAGUUUACCGACUACAACAAUAUGGAUCCCGGCAAAUCACUUGGAGACCUUUGUGAGGAAGCUGGUAUGCAACGUCCUGAACCUCCGUCGCAUACAGAAGAACUUCUCUUAUCCAAAAUACACCUUCAGGUCCAGUAUUGGAAUGUUCACGGACAGCAAACCGCAUACGCUGGACAUACCUGCCUUUUCUCCCGUGAUAAUGCAGCUUUUCUGAACACCUUACCUAUUCUACCUGAACAUCUGGAUGUUCUUAUACUUCGCGACGCUUCGGCUUCUCCAACACAUAUCACCGGCUUUGGGAACCGCGCAGAGUUCCAUGUCAAACGACAACGGCUUAUUGAUAACCUGCUGGCCCUUCAACGUUUUCACCCUUCUUACCGAGACAUCAUCAUCAGUCAAGAGAAUCUGGCCAGCCUCCCAGAAGAUGGGUCAGUCUUCCACCGCCUACGUUCAGCAACCCAAGCUUCAGACCCUAAUGUCACAACCCACACCGCCCCUGAUUCUGGUCCUCACGCAGGCAACCUUCCAGAAGCCAAUAACGACAUUGUCUCAGCAGGUUGUGUCCCCAAUUUGAUGCAGCCUGGAAUGGAGCUGGAUGAUGCUAGGGCUGCUCUCGGCCAUUAUGCACGUGAUGAUGAUGGUGAGGAAAUCGCACUCGCGGUUCCCCUACUGGGAUCCCAACCUGUCAACGAACAUGACCAAGGUCACGAAUACCUGAUCGAAGCCUUCCCCUUCCUAUUCCCGAGUGGUGUGGCGGACCUUCAUGCCCAUCGCAUUCAUGCAGUUCAUCCGGAUGAGUAUUUCAGGCAUCUACUUCGUUAUAAAGACGGGAGAUUUGCCAGUGAUCCUCGCUUCAGGUUCUAUGCAUUCAAUGCUUUACUGCGUUGGCAAGCGAAGAAGAUGUCGGGCUUUUUGGUUUCCAGGAAUGAGGAAGAUAGAGGGUUGUCUGCCGGAGACCUGCGAGACUUGGCCCAAAGUGAUGCUCGAAGCCUGUUGGAUCGUGUUCGGAGGGGGGGUCAUCAACUUCGAGGGACCGCUCCAUAUUGGCAUAAAAGGAGCACUGAGCUGAGUGCUAUGGUUCAGCAACUUGGAACCCCAAAUGCAUUCCUCACGGUCACCGCAGCUGAUCUCCAUUGGCCGGAUCUGCACCGACAUAUGCCUCCACCAGAUGAACCCCAUGUUUCGGAAACUGCUCGUCAGCGACACAACAGCAAGAAUGUCAAUAACAAUCCUGCUAUCACUGCAUGGUAUUUUCAGAAACGAUUCCAGUUAUUUUUCGAGCACGUAAUAAAACCAGUGUUCAAGGUAAAGGAAUGGUGGUUCCGUUAUGAAUGGCAAAGUCGAGGUUCCUCUCAUGUGCACGGUCUUAUCUGGAUGGAUGGAGCGCCAGAUCCCUCUGCGUUGGGGGAUGACAUGUCUAGGAACGCAUUCGCUGAAUUCUGGGAUAAACACAUCACAGCUUUCAAUCCUGAAGUCGGUCUUCCUGCAGGCGACUGUCAUCCUUCCUCUUUAGCGUUCGCAGACAUUGAGUUUACUCAUCACGCUGUUGCGCAAAGGAUCAACUGCUUUCAGCGCCAUGCAACUCACUCUCAGUACUGCAUGAAACGCAAGCGUAAUGCUCCCUCCGACGCUCCAGCGCAAUGUCGAUUUGGGUUCCCGAGGCCUCUGCAUGAGAAGACAGAGUGGGUGAGAGGAGAGGAAGAGGGUGACGAGUGGGCGUUUGUGGUGAAAAGCAAUGAUCAAGACCUGAAUACUUUCAGUCCAGUGCUGGUAUUAGGAUGGACAGCAAAUACAGACUUUAGCCCCUGCAAAUCACCCCAUGCAGUUCUUAACUACGUUGCUAAAUAUGCUUCGAAAUCGGAAAAGUCUUCUGCCGAUCUGCUUCCGACACUGUUCUCGAUCAUUGAACACCUCGAAGACGAUACACCACUGCGUGUUGUGGCACAGAAAGUCCUUUCAAACGAUAUCAGCUCUCGUGACUACUCAGGUCAAGAGGUUUGCCACUCUUUACUGGGAUGUCAUAUGUUCUCUGCGUCCCGCUCAUUCAGAUCCCUUGCAUUAUCAAUGAAUCGUUUCCGACGCCUUCGAGGUCCAGAGGAACAGGAGGGCAAUGGUGGCCAGGACGACAUGGACGAUGCUGAGGAUGAUGAUGAUGGUCCAGAAAUGAAAGACUGGAGGGACGCGUAUGAGGAAAGACCCCCUGAAGAAGAGAACAUUUCGUUAUAUGAGUGGUACCUAUUCUUCGAGAAAAAUAAGAGAACUGGAAACCUUUCACGAAGAGAUGACGAGUCUUGUUACGUCCUCAGGCUCUGGCCAGUGUACUUCCCACCAUAUGAAAUGUACACAGAUAACGAGCCUCCCCUAUCUCCACCUCCUCCUGUACUCCCCGCUUCUCCCCGAAUAACACACUCACCCCUCUUACCAUCCUCCCCAGGUGAAGAGCAUGAAGAAAACCCCGGUGCUAAUCCCUCCAAUGAAGAAGACAGCGAAGAUUGGUUCCGAGCAAAGAUCCUCCUCCAUGUUCCAUACCGCAAUCAGACUGAGCUUCGGCUGGACAACGAAUCCUGGGCUGAUACCUACUUCCGUCUCCUGGCUGCCAGGGCUCUACGAAACAAUGGGGGAAGAGCUGACUCCAUGCCUUCGAAACCCAGAAGUCGUGUUGUUGUCCAAUCUCCAGAAGAAGAGUUUGAAGAGCUCGACAUUGUCCAAGAACGAAUCCUAACGGAUGAACAGCUUCUCUCGGCAAUGGGCCCACGCCCCAACCAAUUCAUUGGAAACAGGCUAGGUCUAAGAGACUUCGACAAAGACUUCAGAUGGAAGGAAUGGUCAGAGAGAAGAGGUGGGGAAGAUGUGGCUUUGUUGAGCAAAGGCAUUAAAGACUGGAAAAACCCUCCCCCUCCUGAACUACCCCAUCCUCUUCCUCCUCUGCCUCGAGUAGAUGUUACUCUCCUCAAUUUCAAGCAGGCUCUAUGCCACACCAAAUUUCGCCGACACUGCCAACGUUCCUUGCAAGCUGGGCCCAACAACCCUCUGCCGCCAUUCCUCCUAAACCUUGACGGUACUGCAGGUACAGGCAAAACGUUCACUGUCAAUGCGAUUUGUCAGACGGCUGCAGACUUAGUCGAUGACGCUGGCAUGGGAAGUAUGGUGAUUGUUAGACGGUUAGCGCCAACAGGCAUAGCCGCUUUUCAUAUACACGGCUCCACAUACCAUUCCGCCCUUGGCAUCUCCCCAAAGGAGAAGAAAGGCAAGGCGGCUGCUGGUCGUCAGCUAGCUGCUCUUCAAGAGGAUUGGAAGCACAUACGCUAUCUGAUCAUUGAUGAAAAAUCAAUGGUUGGUCGUGUGGGACUGGCCCUCAUUGACAAACGUCUUCGUGAGAUCUUUCCUCAUAGGGACGUUUGGUUCGGUGGAUUGAGUGUCAUCCUCUGCGGAGAUUUCGGCCAGCUACCUCCGGUCGGUGACGUCCCUCUGUAUUCCACUGAUAUCCAAACGGGUAACUCGGACAGAUCAAGGCUCCUAAACCAUGGUCGUCUGGCUUACCUUGCUUUCUCUGAGAGCUUGGAGCUGGAUGUGGAAAUGAGGCAGGCUGGUAUGGAUGAAACCACCCGCAAGUUCAAAGAACAUCUCCUCCGUUCUAGAGCUGGGAAGGUCAUUGAGCAAGACUUCGCCGAUGUGGUCCAGACUCGUUUUUUUGCGAAGCUACCGACGGAUGAGCAGAAGCUGUUUGUUCAGGCUACUCACCUCUGUGCGACAUCUGCUCAUGUACAGGAGCUCAACCUCUCUGGCUUGUACCUCGCAAAAAAACCGGUCCUCCGCGUCUCUGCUCUCCAUACCGGUGUUGGUGCCGAGAAGAGAAGGCCUGACGAUGCUGAUUCCCUGACGAACGUCGUCUUCUUGAUGGAAGGCGCAAAGGUCAUGCUUACUCGAAACCUUUGGGUCGAUCAGGGUCUCACGAAUGGGUCAAUGGGACAAGUGCACGAGAUUCUCUGGGAUGGUGUUGCACGACCAGGGGUUGACAUGCCUUCAUCUGUGUUAGUGGCGUUCCCCGGUUAUACCGGUCCAGUUCACGCUGGCACAAAUGCACAGGGCGUACCUCUGGUUCCGAUCACUCCGGUGAAAUGUGAAUGGAAGUCCCAGGGAGUUGCUUGCAGUCGUACCCAAUUCCCUCUUCAACUCGCAUUUGCCAUCACCAUCCACAAAUCUCAAGGCAUGACUCUUGACAGAGUUUGUCUCCAUCUCGGUGAUAGGGAAUUUGCUCGUGGACUUACGUUCGUAGCCAUGUCUCGCGUAAGAAAGCUUGAGCAUAUUGCCUUUAAGCCUGGGUUUGAGUUGGAGAGACUGAUGCAGGUGAAUGGUGCGAAAUCCUCAAGAGGAACUGGGAUGAGACGGAGAUGGGAGGAUGACAACGAGAGGAGAAAGGGUUUGGUGGGCGGUUUCGACGAUUACUCCGGUUGGGAGGAGGAGGGAAUAUUUGUUUAAUAUAAUUCGGAUUGAGCCUGGCAUGUUUUCACAGUUUUCGGUGUUGUAUAUAGCUUUACUAGUGUUGUA